GAGAGUACGCGGUGUUUUCGUCCAUGGAACGUCGUCUCGUUCGCGAAGGCCACCCCGGACGGCACUCUGGUUACAAUUCGCUACGCGGUGGCAAGUACCAAACGUGUUCGAGACUUGUUAGGACCCAGUAAAGCCUCAAAAAUCACCCCACGAGGACUUGAAAACCCGUUAAAAUACGAGGGCUGCAGCAACAACACGCGACACACUCGGAACCUGAGGAGUGGGACAAAGAGAAGUAGAGCGUGCGCAAUUUGCCAACAGACUGUCUCACCCUCAACCCUCGAGAUCAUUCAAGACACUUUUACAAGAAUAACCAUCCAACCCAUCUCAAGUCGCAACAACAACAGAGGGUCAGCAAAUUAAUAAAAAUUAGUAAAAACAGACCGAAAUGUCGCAGGGAAAUUAACGCCUGAGGACGAUUAAUCAGUUGUUCGGGGAUUUUUUGUUCCCGAGAGCUUCGAACACAACCCGAGGGAACAUAUGUGCCAGUUAAAGGGACACAGACAUGCCUAGCAGAGCCCCACGAUGAUUUGCGGUAUCGGAUUUCCUCGUUCUUCCUGGACCUGGAAUAGACACUGACGAUAUGGACACAGUAUGGCUUCAGUACUGUGGCAUGCCUCUGGGAGUAGUUUCGUCUCACCUGCUAUCAUCAUCCUGUUGUUACUCUACCCACACUCAAUCGCAGGCCGCGAGGUAAUUGAUGUGCCACUGCCACAGCAAGACUACGUACCAUCCCUACCGCCACCACCACCACCACCGGGACCCAUCACCACUGCCAAAACACCAAGGUGCGACCAAACAUUCGUCAGUAUACCUGGUGGAUCGCAGAAUGGCACGUUUCACGCGCCAACUCUGAUCAAUCCAGAAGGUGAAUCCCAGCAGUGUGUCUACACUUUCCUCGCGGCUCCACAUCAACGGGUCGAGGUUGUUUUCACUUCAUUCGCACUUCGCGGCACUCCUCCAGAUGGAGCUGCUGUUGGGGAAUUACCUGCAUGUUUUCACGAGUACAUGGAUGUAUACACGGAGAUACGCUCAGACAAUGCUACCAAGCUGAUAGAGACACCCUUCGGUGGUCGUUACUGCGGUCCAAUACCACCGAGACGACGCGUGUCAAUGUAUCAGGGGAUUGCCCUCAGUUUCUUCACGGAUAAGAAUAUAACACUAUCGACUCUCUUCAGCGGUCGUUACUCUUUCAUCAACGCCUCUGAAUACGAAGUCGGUACACCAGCACCAAGUACACCAUGCUCCUUCGUGGUGAACUCCACCAUAAAGCGUACCGGGACAAUCCUAUCACCAACAUACCCUGGAACUUAUCCUAAAAAUCUCGCGUGCACCUACAAAUUCAUGGGUAACAGUGGCCAGAGGGUGAGACUCGAGUUCCGGGAUUUUGAUCUCUUCUUCGGAGGUCCACACUGCCCUUUUGAUUACGUGAAGGUGUUCGAUGGCCUGGACGAGUCGGCCCCUGUAAUUGGAACUUACUGCGGUCAACAGCGUAAUCUCGUUCUCUACUCAUCACAGGCAAAUCUCACUGUGCUCUUUGUAACCCUUCAGCGCACAGCUAACACCCAAAAUCGAGGCUUCAAAGGCAUCUUUGAGUUCUCCGAGGGUUUUGUUAAAUUAGAUUUCAUAAACAAUUCAGGGGGAAUGCACAUACGGGGAUCCGAGUGUGAUCAGAAAAUACUUAGUAUGAAGGAGUCUUCGGGACCUGUCGUCAGCCCCAACUAUCCUUAUCCUUACAUACCGAAGGUCGUUUGUCGUUACUUCAUUUAUGGAAUGCAGGACUCCCAGCAUCUUGAACGUGUCAGGCUUGAAUUUCAGACUUUUGACAUCACGAAAGGGGAGGCCAAGGGAGAUUCGGCCUGUACAGACGGUUAUCUGAAGAUCUACUUGAAAGGCCAGGAGGCGACAGACUCAUAUGACAAAUUCGAUUACGAGAUGUGCGGCAAUGAAAGCAAUCCGAGCCAAGUAGUUAGUGAUGGACCGCGACUCGUUAUGGUAUUCAGCAGUGGUGAGUCCAAGCAGGGUCGUGGUUUCAAAGCAAAAUACAGUUUCGAAACAGAAUACAAGAUCCCAGGCACAGCAGCCCCAGACGGCAGUUGCACAUUUACGUAUCGCAGUUCUUCCCGUAAAAAGGGCGAAUUCAAUUCCCCGAGAUAUCCGAGCAAUUAUCCAAGCGAUACAAAUUGCACUUAUCUAUUUUUGGCAACGCCAAACGAACAAGUUACCCUCGUAUUUGAUCAUUUCAAGGUCCGAACGAGCAACGUUAAUUUAACUGUUGGACAUUAUGGUGCGGAAGUGUGUCAGGACGACUGGUUGGAAAUAUACAAUAUGUAUCGCGAUAACACUGAGAAAUUGAUCGGGCGUUAUUGCUGGAUGACGGCGCCAGGUCCAGUGGAAUCGAAUCUUGGGGCUCUCGGUCUCAAAGUUAUACUUCAUUCCGACUCGGAACUCGUUUAUAGUGGGUUCAAGGCACGGUAUACGUUCGAAGUUACGAAAUCUAUAUUCGGAGAUUGUGGCGCAAAUAUCAGUAGCCUCGACUAUGGCUUGAUAACGAGCCCAAAUUUUCCGGAUAAAUACGACGGACCACCGAAGCACAUGGCGAGUAAAACGUGCAAUUGGUUCAUCAGUGUGCGUCCCAAUCACAGGAUACUGCUCAAUUUCGAGUUGUUUUCCGUCGAGGGCGAGCAGUCUGCGAGAGGCUGUCCAGCGGCUGUUUUGCGCAUGUGGUUCUCACUGACAUCACCUCCAAUCGAACUCUGUGGUGGAAAGCCCACGGAAGUUAGUUGGAGCUACAUGUCAGAUGACAAUAACAUGCGUUUAAGUUUUAUAUCGUCCGACAAAGCCGUAGGCCAACUCGGUUUCCGUGCCGUCUGGACAGAAGUAUCCCUCGCCCCAGAGUGCGAGCCCGACGAAUUUAACUGUGGAAAAAGCAAAUACUGCAUUGCCGAAACACUUCGUUGCAAUAAUAUCGAUAACUGCGGCCCUGAAGACGGGUCCGACGAGGACAACUGUACAACAAUAGUGCCACCAGUGAGCUACGCUAUUCCGGCAGCUGGUGCAGCAGCAGCUGUCACUCUAGCCCUGCUAAUCUGUCUCCUGUGUCAUCGCAAGCUCAAACGUCGUGCUCAAGAGGUGCACAUUGACGAUAUGCAGCAACGAGUCGAGGAUGUGCGCUACUGCUAUCGUCAUCACAGUUUACCCCAGCGUACAUCGAGUAUGCACAGCCACGGACACAGCCACAAUUACACUGAUCAGUAUCAUUUGGAUCAACCGAGUCCACCGAGCGACAGUGAACACGUCUGUGGGGAGGAGGUCAGCAGCCCUGAAAGCCCGUGACCAUUGUGCUUCAUUAUUAUUACGCGCAUUGAAGGCAGGAGAAUUCAUAGGAUCAUUGACAUUGCUCACAGAAUCUCCGCUAAAGUGAUUAAAUCGAAUGAGUGAAAUGAGGGGAUUGUGCAGUUUAAGGUAAUUUUUGGAAUCCAGUGCGAUCGAAUUAUGCAUUAUUAUCGCCCAAAUCUUUGUACAUUGCUUCUCAGAUCAUCUCUGGAAAUCUCCGCAUCUCACUUAUUUAUUGAGGGGCCUUGGGGGUGAAGAACACUUGCGUUAAGAGUUCUCGGCCAAAAGAGAAUGGAAAAAUGUGAAAAAUAGCAGAACAAAUUUGCUCAUUUUUUAUUAAUUUGAUGGAGCGAGUUGAGGGUGAUCUGAAGGGGAUGAAUUAUUGUUUUUUAUGUUCAUCUUGUUUAGAUGUUUCUUUGAAUUAUUUAUCCUCUUCAUCUCUUUCUUCCAAAGAACUAUUUUUUAACGAUAUUUUUCAUAUUUUUCUAUCCCCUUUUGAAUUAAAAAUCACGAUGAAUUAGUGAAAUGAGGGGAUGAUGCAUUUUGAAUAUCCAAAUCUUUGUAUAUUGCUUCUCAGAUCAACUCUGGAAAUCUCCGCAUCUCACUUAUUGAUUGAGAGGCCUUACGAGUUGAAAAAAAUUUGCGACAUGAAUUCUCAGUGAAAAGAAGAUCUAAAAAUACGAAUGAUAGCUCAAAAAAUUUGUUCAUUUUUUAUCAACUAGAUGAAACAAGUUGACAUUAAUCUGAAGAAAACACAUAAUUUUUUUCAAUCUUCAAAAGUACGAGGUGGUUGAUAAAUGUGGGCGCCGCCAUCUUGCUUCAAAGAUGGCGACCUCCCCACCCCGUAUAUUCGACCAUUCCUUUGAAUUCUUUAUCCUCUUCGCCUCUAUCUUUAAAGAACCAUUUUUUAAAGAUAUUUUUCAGAUUUUUUCAUCCCCCUUUGCCCGAGAAUUCAUGACUCAACGUCUUCCCCGGAUUUCAGUAUUUUUUUUUAACUCCAACGGCCUCUCAACGAAAUUAUGAAGAAACAUCAGCUCUUAUCAUCGACGCCUAUAAACAAAAAAAUGAGUAAUUUGUUGUUAUUGUUGUUUGUUUGUUGUUGAUGAAAAAAGAGACGAAAAUUGAUGAGAAAAAAAAUUUGGGCAGCUGAGUCAGUGCCACUUCAUGAAGAAUUACACACACAAGUCUGUAUUAAUCGUCAUUGCCAAGUGGGUAAUCAUAGCCCGGAGAUUAUUCACUCGUCAUUUGAGGAACAGGGGAAUCAUGAAUGGAUAGAGACGUUUGUGAGGCGCCCCGAGAGGAUGUAAAGACAUUUUGCAUAAUUCUUGUAUGUCUGUACAUACAUAUACGUAUUAUUACAUAUAUGUGAUACAUAGCAUAGAUAAUUGGCACGCAAUUUAAUGAAAAACCAUUAGAUCAUCAUUCGGAUUUUACAUUAUCGAAAAAAAAACAACAAAAGGAGUAAUGAAAAAAAAAUAUUAUUAACAUCGAAAUAAGGGGAAAACUUUUUGGAUGAGAAAAAUCACGUGAUUUAUCUGUAGAUGAUUGCAUAAUUUUUGUAAUGUAAUAAAUGAUAUAAGAAGGAGGAACAUUGUAGGCUGGUACCUGCGAGUCAUUCAAAGAAAUAAAACGCGUCAACUCAAUCUUUUUUAUUGUGAAGAAAAUGAUGAACGCGAUAUAUUUUGCCAUUACAACGAAAAAUACUGUUCAAAGUAAAAAUGCGAUAAAAAUAAAAACUUACAGUCUAUUUUGCAUUGAAAACACGUGACUUUUUUCAUCGCGCGUUGCGGCUGCAAUGGAGGGGGUAUCAUUAAAAUGAAACAUUGUAAAACCGGAGUUUAAGUGUGCAUUUUAGGGGUAAGACGCGUUGGUUUAACGUUAAGGGUCUAAAGAUUUUCAUUUUUCUUUCUCGGAUUGAACGAAUUUUUGGGGACAAGUGGAAGAAAGAGGUAAGUUUGAUGGAGUGGGAUUUGUAAUUCAUAUUUUCGAAUAAUUAUCCAUUUAUUUUCGGAUUUUGGGGGAGACUGCAAAGAUUUUCUACUGAACGACGUACGAAAGAAUUCAUAGAAAAUAUAGCGAAUUCGGUAGAAAAUUCUAUUGAACUUUAUAUU